GUUUUCCUGUUCGGUGUUUUUGCUGGUGAAUAUUUGUUUUGUUGUGUUUUGGGUGCCGGUGUUCCUCGCUAUUUAUCCAUAUAGAUGCAACCAUUCAUUGUGAUUCGGAACUAUCGGGAAGAUGAUGAACUCAAGUGUCAGGAGUUGAUACAGAACUACAUCAUGUCCUUCGCCAAGAAAUCAUUUUACUGCUUCUGUUUUAGAGAGAUAACAUUGCAGUUCAUUGUGAUUACCUGGGCGGUAUUGUUUAUAUUCUUUGGUGUGCCCCUAGUGUUUUGCGCCCUAACGAUUCCCGGAUGUAUAUUCUUUUUAUUCUCGGGAACAUACUUUUCGUUUUAUGCAAAAGCAGUCGAAUUGAUGAGGACAAAGCCUAACCAAUCUCUGGUGGCAGAAUGCUAUGAGCCGUUUAUUUUUCGUAUGAAACCAACCGAGUGUACCUAUCAAAUAUUUUUAGAUGAUGCGCCGUAUGAAACGUCGUUUAAAAAUAAAUUUCGCAGAAAGAUUAUAGCAUGUAUUAGCGUAAAAAAUCACAUCAGUGUUUAUAAUGCUGCCUGGAUUUAUCGGUUUGCUGUAGCACCGGGAUACCCAAUACAAAAAGUGGCCGAGCCAAUGCUUAAUUUAGUAAUAAAAAAUUGUGUCCAACAGGGGUACAGUAGUUUAGAGUGCACCAUGUCGGAAUGGCAAGAAGAGGGUCGGGAUUUCUAUGAUAAUAUGGGGUUUAUAACACGUCAAAUCUACCAUAAACAAAUUAUUGGAUCCUCGUUGACUGUCAUGAAAACUCAACUAACAUAUGACCUGAAAAAGGAUUCCCUGCAGAAGCAAAAUUAAACAUACUCGAAUCUCGCCAUACAUUACGAAUUUACAGAAUCUCUUGUUUUCAUUUUAAAUAUCUACACAAACACACAAAUAUUUCAUUCCUUUAAAUGCUGUUUUUCAUGAAAUUGCAAAUAAAUAAGAUUGUAUUAAAAAUACAAAUAUUUUGAUAAUUAUAUAGUCACGCUAAUAAAGACCUACACAAACUAUUUGAAA